AUGCGGCGGGGUGGCAUGCGUGACGCCUUGACACUUGCGGUAUAUACGCAGUGCCGGCGUCGAACUGGAGGCGGCCCGGGUGACCGGCGCAUCCGCACCGACUGGUACCGCUGCUACCCAUCGCUGAUGGAGGAGAAGGACCGCGACAUGUACCACUGCUACUAUCCUUACCUAUUUGACCAUGGUGAUAAAAUGAGUCUAUAUCCGAAGAUUCCCGAUAACCCACGGAUGUGGCAACCGGAGCAGCUGCAGACAACCUAUGAUGCCAUUCGAGAGGACAAAUACGACGCCUUUAUCCGUCUCCGUGAAAAGUUUCCCGAAUUGUAUCAAGACACACGGGCCUGGGACAAUCCUCCUCCUUUUGGUGAAUUUAACAUGUUCUAUUCGGUGAGGUUUGGUAUGGUUGGCGUUAAGGUAUUCACAUGCAAAGAUUAUGACGAGCUUGGAAAUCAGUUUGAUUGCACCGCAUUCUGGUUUCCAGACAAUCAGAUAGUAAAGCACAGCACGCGAAACGGGGAUGUAGGGACAGACAAGGUGUAUGUUGGGGCGACGAACGUGCCCGUGGAGUUUCACAAACCACACGUGUCCGCCUUUUACAAGGCUUCUGGAGUUCCUGUAAAGCACGUCUGUGCAGGGUUUGCCAUUACACCCGACGCCUAUGCUCCUGUGGGCACGAAGCUUGACGUGCGCCACUUCAAGCCGGGCCAAGAAGUCACUAUUACAUUCCAGAACACAGACUAUGGCUACCGCGGUGUUAUGUUUCGCCACGGCUUUGACGGCGGCUAUGUGUGGCUGGGCGACUCCAAGUGGCAGCGCCGUCCGGGUUGUAUGGGUACGGAAGGACAGAAGCGCAUCUACCCUGGCCAUCGCAUGGCAGGGCAGACAGGCGCCUCUGCAGAGACAUACCAAGGUGUGCCUGUCUGGCGUAUCGACUACAAAAACUCUCUUAUUUAUCUCCCCACAUUGAUCGACGCAGAUGUCGGGACAUAUGUGAAGUUUAGCGAUACAAUAAACACAAAGGGAUACACAUUGUGGAAUGAGCAUCGGGGCCUCCCUGCGUUCCCAACAUUUAUUCCGACCGCGGAGGAGGACCUCACUAAAUUGUCAACAGACGAAUGCCAGCUUAUGAGUCCGCCGCUCUUCAUGUACUUCCGCGAUGAGUUUGCGGCUCCUCAGCUGGUCUCUCAGGCAGAUGUGGAGGAUGCGAAGAGCGCUAAACCGACAGUCGCUCCUCCCAAGAAGAAGGUGUACGACAUGAAGAAGUACUUCGAGGCGAGGAAGAAAUACCGACAAAACAUGCAAAAGGCCAGGAAGUACAAAUUGAUGAGCCUACGUACAAAGGCACAUGAGAAGCAAGAGGAGGCACGCCGUGCAAAAAUUCUAAAGUACAAGCGUGUUAAGUAG